AUGCCGAACUGGGGCGGAGGUGCAAAAUGUGGAGCCUGUGAAAAGACAGUUUACCAUGCAGAAGAAAUCCAGUGCAAUGGGAGGAGUUUCCACAAGACCUGUUUCCACUGCAUGGCCUGCAGGAAGGCUCUGGACAGCACCACUGUCGCAGCUCAUGAGUCAGAGAUCUACUGCAAGGUUUGCUACGGGCGCAGGUACGGCCCCAAGGGGAUCGGGUUUGGACAAGGCGCCGGCUGCCUCAGCACCGACACUGGCGAGCACCUCGGCCUGCAGUUCCAACAAUCCCCAAAGCCGGCACGCGCAGCCACCACGAGCAACCCUUCCAAGUUCUCUGCAAAGUUUGGAGAAUCAGAGAAGUGCCCGAGGUGUGGGAAGUCGGUCUACGCUGCUGAGAAGGUUAUGGGAGGUGGCAAGCCUUGGCAUAAGACCUGCUUCCGCUGCGCCAUCUGUGGGAAGAGUCUGGAGUCUACAAACGUCACUGACAAGGAUGGGGAGCUUUAUUGCAAAGUUUGCUAUGCCAAAAAUUUUGGCCCCACAGGCAUUGGGUUUGGAGGCCUCACACAGCAAGUAGAGAAGAAAGAGUGAAAAGGUGUGCUUUCUCACAACCCUGCCAGCCAACACCAGUGCCAAGUAAUCCCACAGAUGUAGAGUUUGUCCCAAACAGCCUCCUUUGUAGCUGGACAGCAUUUCUCUUCUGCAGUAGUCAUAGGCUGCACUGAAGUAACAACAGACCUCUGGAAGAAAACAUUGGAAAUGUAACAGGCAACAGAUGCUUCAUUAUUUACUGUCCUUGGGGUGGGGCAGGCAAUAAAU